AUGACUCCUGAGAAUAAAGAUUUUGUGACUUUUAGUGGAGAGGAAUGGAAUGAAGGCAAUUCAAAUUUGCAAUUUUCUUUAAUUGGCCAAGUAUUGGGAUUGAAUCUAAAGUUUAAGGUCAUGGAAACUUAUGUUCAAAAAGUCUGGACUCAUUGGUCAGUGCCUAAAGUGUGUCUGCUUAAACCAGGUUUAUUCUUGUUCAAAUUCAAGAGCAAAGAGGAAAUGGAGGAUAUCUUAGUGAAUGGCCUCUGGUUCUUUGUUUCUAGGCCCCUCUUGUUGAAAGUUUGGUCUAAUGAUGAAGAUAUAGAAAAGAUAAAUGAUAAUGUCUACCCUCUGCGGAUUCAGCUGCCUGGACUGAUAUUAAACUUGUGGAGCUCAAAUGCUAUAAGUAAAAUAGCUAGUCAAGUUGGGAGGCCAAUUGCCACUGAUAAGCUAACUGCUAAUAAGCAAAAAUUGGCCUAUGCUAGGGUUUUAGUUGAAGUUCAUAUGCCUUCACCUCUUCCUGAUAUAAUUCCUAUUCAUGGUCCAAAUGGAAAAAAUUUUAAUCAAAAGGAGAUUUAUGAGCUUAAGCCUAAAUGGUGUAAUAGUUGCAAACUUGUGGGGGGCAUGAUACAAUUUUCUGUAAGAGAUACCCCAUGA